AUGGGCAUUUGCUUAAAUAGUAAACCCCUAGUAAAUGAACCUUAAACAAAAAUGAAAAAAAUGAAUACAGAACAACGAUUUUUACCUAAACCAAGUCGCAUUUUAGAUGUAAAUUACAAAUAGAUCCCAAACAAAUUUAGAAGAUAAGCUACAUAAAGAAGAGUGUAAUAAAAUAAUUAAUUUGAUACUGACACUUAAGGAUUGUUUGGAUUAACUAAUUUAGGAAAUACAUGCUUUCUUAAUUCAGUAUCAUUAAUAUUUAUAUAGUCUAUCUAAGCCUUAUCAAAUACAUAGCCAUUAACUGAUUAUUUUAUGUCUUAACUUCAUAUCAAAGAAAUAAAUCCUGAUAAUCCUCUAUCAUCUUAAGGAAAUAUAGUCAAAUCAUUUGCUUAAUUGAUUAGACAACUAUGGUAGAAAGUAGAUUAGUAUUCAUAUGAUGAUAUGAAAGUUUUGAAACCGACAUAAUUCAUUUCAAAAAUAGGAAAUUAUAAUCCUAUAUUUGCAGAAGGUACUUAAGAAGAUGCACAUGAGUUUAUUGCUUUUCUAUUAGAUAUGAUACAUGAAGAUUUGAAUAGAAUUAAGAAAAAACCUUAUAUAGAAUAAACUAAAUUUACUAAAUUUCCAACUAAUGAUGAUGCAGAUUUAGAAUGGAAAAAAUAUUUAUCAAGAAAUUAAUCAAUUAUUGUUGAUUUAUUUUAAGGACAUAUGCUUGAUACUUUAUCCUGUUUAACAUGUAAAUCAUCUAGAUACUGUUUUGAACCUUUUAUGUAUCUAAGUGUACCAGUAUUGAAUAGAGAAUGUGAUUUAUAGGAAUGCAUUGAAGAGUUCUUGAAAAAAGAAACUUUGAGAGAUGAUGAAGGAUGGAAUUGCACAAAUUGUUAAUAAAGAAGAGACAGUAGUAAAAAGAUUGAUUUAUGGACUAUGCCAAAUAUUCUAAUUAUCCACCUAAAACGUUUUAAAUUUAAUUCUUAAUUCAGAGCUAAGAUUAGGUCAUUAGUCAAAUUUCCAUUAUAGAAUUUAUCAUUUGAAAAUCUUGUUUGUACAAAAUAAACAGAAAAACCUAUUUAUGAUCUUUAUGCAGUAAUCAAUCAUAGUGGUACAUUGACUUCUGGACAUUAUACUGCCUAUGCCAAAAAUAGAGAUGAUCUACAUUGGUAUCAUUAUAAUGAUUCUUUGGUAACACCAGUUUAAUAACCUGAACAUUUAUCUGAUGCAUAUUUAUUGUUUUAUUUUAAAAAUAGUGUAGAAGAAUUUAAAAGACAAACAGUUGAAGGAAUCAAUAUCAGCUAAUAAAGAAAAACUAUCAAAAAUACAAUUGUAAUUAAAUAAACAAUUCUUAAUAUGCAUUCACAAUAAUCUAAUAGCAAUAUCUCUGAUAAUAAAAGAAAUAACAACAAUAAUUUUGCACCAUCUAUCUCAAGUUAAGCUUAAAAAAAAAUACUAUUUAGAAAAUAAACUAAGCAUUUUCAAAUUGUUAAAGCAUAAGAUUAACCAUCAUUCUAAUAAGAAUCUUUAAUAAUAUAAGAAGAAAACUGA